CUUUCGCUUUUGGUCUAGAUGUACUUUUCUGCUGCAGACAAUCACAAUGACAAUGAUUCACAGAGGUUGUCCGGAAAGUUAAGCUUGACCGGAGUCAAAUAAAAUUCCUCAUUUAGAAUCUACUAUCUAAACAUUUUGAUUUACUAACCUAGAUAAUUAAUAAAAGCAAUAACUAGAUUCUAGACUUAACGUUAAAAAAAUAAUUAGGCCUAAGUGUAACAAUGACAAGAUUCAAGUUAGCUCUGAUUCAAAUGGCAGUUGGAAUUUCCAAGCCGGAGAACAUUGCUAAAGCCUGCAAGUUUAUUCAAGAAGCUUCUAGUGCCGGUGCUAAAGUCGUCACAUUGCCAGAAUGUUUCAAUUCUCCGUAUGGCACAAAAUAUUUCCGAGACUAUGCGGAGCCAGUCCCAGGAGGACCAUCCAGCGCGGCCCUGGCUAAGGCAGCCAGAGACAACGCUGUUUACAUUGUGGGAGGUUCUAUACCUGAGAAAGAUGGAGAAAAACUUUACAACACAUGUGCUGUCUUUAAUCCUAAAGGUGAAAUGGUGAUAAAACAUAGAAAAGUCCAUUUGUUUGAUAUUGACGUCCCGGGGAAAAUUCGUUUUCAAGAGUCUGAGGUUCUCUCCCCUGGUGAUCACCUGAGCAUGUUUCAAACACCCUAUUGUACUAUUGGUGUUGGCAUUUGUUAUGACAUCAGGUUUGCUGAGAUGGCUCAAGUCUAUGCCAGCAAAGGAUGUUCCCUGCUGCUGUACCCCGGGGCCUUCAACAUGACGACCGGCCCAGCCCACUGGGAGGCCAUCCAGAGGGCCAGAGCUAUUGACAACCAGAUGUUUGUGGCCACAGCCUCGCCAGCGCGGGAUGAAACGGCGGACUACGUCGCCUGGGGUCACUCCACAGUGGUUGACCCAUGGGGAGAAGUCAUCUCAACUACAGAUGAAAAAGAAGGAAUCGUCUAUGCAGAAAUAGAUCUAGCCAGAAUGGAAGAGAUACGUCAGAUGAUCCCUGUGAGAAAACAGAAGAGAUUUGACCUCUAUCAGCCUGUGGCCAUGACCCUCAACAAACAGCGCAAAGAUGACCUCUACAAGAUCAACGACUAGCAAUGCCAGACUCAUGGUCAUUUUUUUGUUUUACAGCCUUGGUGGGUAGCUGUGCUCAAAUGCCAGGUUUUUAAAAAGUGCGGAAUGUUUUAAUUUACCCAGAACUAUGGUGGUUGGGGAACAUCUUAACCAGAUUGGAACUAUGCAUCUUUUUAACGAGACAUUAUGUAAUUAGAUGUUUUAAACAGGUUUACAUUCAAUGAUCAACUGUUUUAGAUUUUUUUUAAUAGCAGUCUUAGACUUGAAUUUAGUCACAUCUGUUGUGAAAAUAGAAGCAGUCGCUACUAACACA